AUGCCCACUGAAAUACCAGAGAAGCUGAAAGCAGCAGAUAUCACUCGCUUUGCCACUCGUGCUCAGCAAGUCGAGAAACUAAAGCCGGUGAUAUGGUACUGGUGCAACUACUGGAUUGUUAAUCAGAUCUUGUCGAAGAAUCUCCAUCAUUCCGAUGAAGAAUGCAUGAAAUUUACCGUGGGCCUUAUGGACAGACUGGAAUCGUUCAAAGCUGAACAUCCAAAAGAUGAUACGGUCACAGAUGAUAUUGCUGGCCAAGCUUAUGUGGAACAAUUUGGGCUAGAGACAUUUCAAAGAGCAGACAACGCUGUGAGGGCUAAUAAGGCUUCUCUACAAACCGCAGAUACCUUCCAAGCAGCUGCAACCUUUUUGGACCUCUGCCAGAUAUGGGGAGCUCCUGACCAGGAGACUGCUGCGAAGAUCAAGUUUGCCAAAUUUCAUGCCCUGCGUAUUGUCAAAGCUGUGAAGUCUGGAGAAGAUCCGAACCUCUCGAACCCACCACAGGAGAAUCCAGAGAUUGAAAUAGACUCUCCAAUGGAGUCCAGUAAUCAGGGGCCAGAGGGACAGCCAGAAGUACCAGCGGCGAGGAAACCUAGACAAGCUUCUGUGGAGGAUGCUCCAGAUGACUUCGACAGUGUGCAACGAAGACUAGCAGCACAAUCUUCUGCAAACGAAUCCAUCCAUCCAUCUAGGUCUUCAUCCCGGGUGCCUCCCCACACAGACCAGCUCCCCCAGGUACCAAGUGCUCUUCCAAGUGAUGCACCAAGCCCUUCAGUACCAGGUAUGAUAAACCUUGAUGGGGACCUACGUCAAUGGCCCUCCCAUCUCUCCCAAGCCACCAUUCCCGACCUUCCCGCAGCGCCCUCCGACUUCCCACAGAGCUCACCUAUCUCGGGCCUUGGAACCCCGGCACGUAUGGGGUCUCCUCCCGACCCAUUCCCACCUGUAAAUAGCUUUCAGUCCUUCCCUCCUCCGGCCGUGGCCACCCAGGAACCUCCACCGUCCCCACGCGCCUCUUCGCCCAAGGAGUUCGAAAGGAUUGCACAUGCGAGAAAGCCAUCGAUAACGCCCUCUACUGUCCCUCCACCCCCGAAACCCGUCCAGCCAAUGCCAUCGUAUGUGUCGAGCGUCGGUAAUUCUGUUGUCGACGAAGAUUCUAUGGCGCAGGCCCAGAAACACGCUAGGUGGGCCGUGUCGGCGUUGAAUUUUGAUGACGUCAAUACAGCGAUUAAAGAGUUGAAAAAUGCGUUGAAGCUAUUGGGAGCCAAGUGA